AUUGAUCACAGCGCAAACUUCGUAAUUUUUGUUGAAAGUAAAAUACCUAAGAAAUCAAUACACGAAUAAUGGAACUAAACAUUAUUUUAACUAUUAGUAUUGAUAUAUAGUACUUUGUAAAGUUAAGCAAUAAGUUAAUAAAGCUUAUCAGUUUUAGCGCCACCGUGUGUCAGAAAGCAGGACUAAAUAUUACUUUACGAAAGGCCUUUAGUACCUACUUGUACCACCUUGGCUUAAGACGCAUGAUCAAUUUUCUGUCUGUCCCUAUCUUUUAUAAAGAUUUCCCACGGUCAGCGAACGACUAUCGAUUUAAAAUAAAUAGGACAGAAGUCCUAAAGCCCUAAAAAUGUGGACUUAGAGCUGACGUUAAAUUUGUGUCAGUGUAAAAACAAAAUGUUUAGUAAAGCAGUGUUGUGUCUAUCGACCUUACACUUUUAUAGUGUUGCAGCACAAGGAGAAUGCACCGAUUUAAGGGGAAGGCUCAUUACAAAUGGGAUGCACUAUGUUCCAGGCCCUGAUACAUGCACGUUAUGUAUUUGUGACAAUGGCGUGCCAAAAGUAUGUAAAGCUGUUCUGUGUUCACCUCCCCAGGAUUGCCGUUCAUUUCGUGUGGGUACUACAUGCUGCGAGUUUAUUUGUCUCGACGAUGUAGUAAAACCCGCUGAGGGUGCUGAGGCUAAUGUCCGAGUAGCGGCCGGAGGAGCAGCGGCAAUAGUCCUGCUCACUGUAGCCUUGGUUGUCUACAGAGUUAGAAAACAGAAACGGCGUCGACCACCGCACACGGAAGAUCAGAGGAGUCUGACGAGUAUUGGCUAUAUAAGCGGCAGUAUGGGCUACAUGGGCGGGAGCUGCGAGACGGCGCCGAUGGGAGCGUGGAAGCCUCCUUCUAACUACCUGCCGCGGGGCGAGGCACCGCCGCCUUACGAGGAGGCCAUGGCACAGUGCCGUUCUGAUCCUAUGAGUCGCUCGGUCGUCAGAGUGGGCACGGAGCCGUCGUUCCACCGCACGUACGCGGCCGACGACGUGUGCGCGUCGCACGCCUACAACCUGCCGCGCCCCGUCGCGCAGAUUGCGAAUACUCAAAACUGCUACAACGCUCCUCUUCUGCAAUCCGUACAUCCGCCGGAAGUGAGAGACGUGUCUAAUAUUCCUCAUCCAUUGGCUCCAAACAUGGGCGCAGUGGUGGGUGGCGCUCGGCUCACGGGCUCGCUGGGCGCCAUCAGCGCGCGACUCAGCGUGCCGCGCGACGACCACGAGCGCCCGCACAACGUGCCCGGCUUCUACGCCACGCACGCCGCCCUGCACCGAACGAUCCCGCGCAUCUCGACGGCGGUGGACACGUCGACGCUGGAGGCGAUGGGCUUCACGCGCGCGGACCGCUCGCUGGCGGGCGAGGUGCGGCGCUCCUUCCACCGGCCCGGCGAGCGCAUCGAGCGCGUGCACUCGGGCCGCAGCGUGCCGCGCAACCUCAACAUCGCGUCCGCGCCCGACGCGCCCCUCGCGCCGCACGCGCCCCUCGCCGCCCACGGGCCCCUCGCGCCGCACGCCCCCCUCGCGCCACACGCCCCCCUCGCUCCGCACGCCCCCCUCGCGCCGCACUCUGUGCACGCGCUCGCGGCAGAGUCCGACGACACGAGCCAGGCGUCGGCGCGCUCCGCGGGCAGGCCGCGCGCGCACAGCGACGAACAGGACGCUAAGAGUAAGCAGCCCGAGGCGCCCCCCACUCUGCCUCUCACCGUAGACAAGCCUUCGUGCGUGUGCAGCUACGAGAGCAGCGCACGCGCAGAGGACGCGGACGACUACCGCAGCGAGUGCGAGAACUGCCACUCUACCAAUAACAAUUCAACGUGGGAGGAAGGUGGUGGAGCGGAGGGUGCGGGGUGGGGAGGUACGCAGACGCUGCAGCGCCGCGCGCCCCCGCCGCCCGCGCCGCCCCCCGCCACCGCCACGCUGCCGCAGCCCGUCACCAGGCACGGUCGAACCACAAUGGGCAAUCCGUCUAACUGGGAGAAUUGGUUCAACACGAUACCUGAUUCUGAUACGGAAUCUGAAGAAGAAUGAAACGAAAUGAACCGAUGUAUGGACAUCGACAGAGAAACAGCCCUUUAAUGUAGUGACUAACAAUUUUUGAACUGUCAUAUAUUAUUUUGCUCCUUAGACCGGCGCCACACACGUGCAAAUAUUCGUGCGAAUGUUUUAAUGACUAUUUCUGAAUCUCUUUAUCUGUUGUCAAGCGACGGAAAUGUUUCGACAGAAGUAUUUUCUAAUUUAUUCGCGUAUGUGGCACCGGAAUAAUUCGAUAUUUCUUGUUAUUCGAUAGUUUAUACAUACAAAAAGAAGAAUUAACUUAGGAAAACUAUUACUGACAAAUGGCAAAAAAAUAUAAUUACUAUGUUGCAUUACAUUGCAUGCGGUUGUGAGAAAAUAUGUUUGCGUUAAUAUUUUUUGAAAAGCACUUCCUGUACCUUGUGUAAUAUACUAACGGGCGUUCGUGUUUCUUUUUAUCUUAAUAGAUAAUCUAGGGCUGAUUUAAAAUACAAACUUAUUUUCUUAAUUUUGAAAAAUAGUAUUUAAGGUUAGGUUAAAAUACAAGACAUUCCCUAAAGUUUCACAUAUUAAAUUGACAGCUUUUAUGUGUUAAAUUCAUAAAAGUGACAAUAGUUUCUGUGUAGUCCGGUCGUUGAGAAGCUGCGUCUCUGACGUCUGUCAGUUGGUCAUGACUAGUGAUGCCCUAUAAAAAUAAACCAUUGCCACAAUAAAAUAAGAAUAUUGCGGUAAAAAUAUAUUUUACGGUAUUUAUUAAAAAAUAAUUUUAUCUCAAAAAUAUAAUUUUCAUUUUAAUGUGACAUCAUUUCAUAGUUUUUAUUUGUAGUAAUUACUAAUGUAUAAAUUGUUAAAACUAAAUUUGAUUUAUUAUUUUUUAGUAGGACAAAUAAACGAUAAUAGUAUUUUUCUCGUAAAUUCUUCGUCACUUCUUAGUUCAUCGACCAUUCGAUUACGGACCUGUCAGAAACCUAUUCGCUCUUCGGCCGGUCAUUAAUAACCAAGUCAUUAACAAAGCUUGUUACUAUUCCGUGUAAAAUCGUCUUUCUGGAAAAUUGCAAACAUUUGCAAAAACAGAUAUUACUAUCUAUUUUACCGAAACACAAUCACAUUCCUCUAUACCUUAAUUACACAUCACGAUCGAUUUGAUAUUUUUUGCACAAGAUUGUUUUAACUAUUUAUAAGUUAUUAUUAUACUUAAAAAACUCUUUUGAGUGGCAUAAUUUUACCAAAGAAAAUGUUUGUUUCGUUUUAAACACGCGUCGUGUCCUAUUUUUUUAUGUAUUUGAUGUAUUAUUUAUAAAAAUAACUGUUUUUAAUCAUGAAUGCAAUUCGGACACAAGAAAAUAAAAUGUUUAAUAAAGCAAUUAAUAAUUUAAACCAUUAAUAAUAAUUAGUAUGAAGCCAAAGUUAUUCGUCAUAAAGUAUGAAUAUUUAGUUGUAAGUUUAUAUGUCUUGUAUAUUGGUUUGUAUGUUAAUUAUUUCGAUGUGAUAUCCUAUGUUGUAUUACCCACCAUGACAAUACAAUAGUUCAGUGAUAGAUGAAGGUAAUGGUUUUUAGUUUAGAUACACAAUUGAUUGUUCUAUAAAUAGGGUCAUGGACUCUUUUCUUUUGUAAUUUGUCUGAUUUUAAAGUCAUAUUCAUUUUGCAAUAACUUGUUCUAUUUUGUCAAGUAUAACUUGACGUAUCGUUUAUUUACUCGAAUUAAUCAAAGUUACUUAAUUAUGUGUUGUUGUUUAUUUAAGUUUAUCAUAUUUUUUUAUUUACCAAAGAUAUUUUUUAAAUUUAUUUAUCCUCGGUUGAAUUA